GACUCAUCUCUGAUGCUCCUUUUAAAUAAUUAAAUAGAAAAUAUUCAAGUAAAUUAAAUAAAGGAAUGAACUCAAAGAAUAGACGUAUAAAUGUUGGAUUUAAUGGAGCUGCUCCUCGUACUUGCCGAUUUGCCGAUUUUGCAGUUGUCGAUCCAAAACCUACCUGAGGUUCAACACGACGAGCACGCCACGACCUCGCGUCAUAGAGUCACCUCGCGGGAAGAAUCCGAGGUGCAAUUGGUCAUACGUUGUGCCAAGGAACACGACAUCCAAGUUCGAAUCCGAGGUGGGGGCCAUGACUAUGAAGGGCUGUCUUACACCACAGAUUUCGGAAAUCCCUUCCUCACUCUUGAUCUAUUCAACAUGAGAAACGUCACGGUUUAUUCGGUGGAAAAGACCGCUUGGGUAGGAGCUGGAUCAACCAUUGGCGAGUUGUAUUAUAAGAUUUCGGAGAAGAGUCCAACCCUCGGUUUUCCUGCGGGUUCUUGUCCUACUGUCGGAGUGGGAGGACAUUUUAGCGGAGGAGGCUACGGUGUGAUGCUGAGAAAAUAUGGUCUCGCGGUGGAUCAAAUUAUUGAUGCGCCUUUGGUUGAUGCACACGGGAGAAUUCUUGAUAGGAAAUUGAUGGUGGAAGACCUUUUUUGGGCUAUUAGAGGGCAGCGGGAGAAAGAGUCCUUGACACAAUUCCUCACUCGCUGGAGGGAGGAGGUUGACAAAGUAGAGGAGAUGGAUGAUAAAACAGUCAUGUCACUCUUGAUGAAUGCUUUUCGGGCAGGAGAGCUCUACACCGAGUUCUGCAGGAGGCCACCCUCUUCCUAUCAGGAAGUUUACAACACUGCUUGGGAAUACGGAGAGGCGGAAAACUUAAACAAAAGGAAACGAGAGUUGGAGGAGGGUUACGCCAAGACCGAGCAUUAUAAGAAAAAACUAUACGGAGUUUUGGGUUGCUGCCGCGUGAGAGACGAAGUCAGUACCCUGCGAUCGGAACAGAGCUCAACAAAGACGACCACUGCCGCUGUGGUCGCUCGACCGGGAGAGGUCAGCCGCUGCCAUCGCUCAGGCCGCCGUCCGGAUUGCCUAGAAUCUGGACGCCGCUGCUUCGCUAUUGCCGAUCACCAUCUUCCUCACUGUUGAGUUUUGAAUUGUUUUAAUCCGCUAAUUAAUUGAGGUAACAGGAACGAUGAAUAAUGAGACAGUCUUUGAGGCAGCGAGGGCGAAGAGAUGGAUGGAUGCUAGCUAGAGGAGUUUAUUAUUUAAUAUUUAAGUUUGAAUUAAUUAUGUUGUUAAGGACAAGUACCCAAAGUUGUAUUUUGAUUAAGUACUUAAAGGCUUCCGCACCGUUUUGAUUUACUCUGAUGGAUAUUUAAAUAUUGUUUUGAAUUAAAUGUUUUAAAAUUGU